AUGGGUUAUAAAAUUAUUAUUGUCAUUUUUUGCUUUUUAAUUAAUACAGUUGAAGGAAAAAUAUCUUCCGGAAUAUUAAUUUCUAAUAAUGAUUGGGAAUAUUUGGAUAGAUUCUGCUUUGUAUCUCAAGAAGGAACAUUUAAAUACAAUAUUUAUUAUCCAAAAAAUUUCGAACUUCAAUCAAUUUAUAUGUAUUACGAUACAGAUAAUCAAUGGAAAGCUGCUUAUAAUAAUGCCUCUUUAACUUGCAAUGAUAGAGAACGACUUUUAGAUCCUAAAAAUUAUCAAAUAAUUAGACUUGCCCCAAGCGCUAAAUUUAUAGAUGAACAUUCCAGUUGUGAAACAAUUGAAAAGAAUAAUGAAAGUUGGUAUCAUUGUUUUGGAAAACGAUCUUUUUUUUCAAUGCGGCCAAGAUGGUGGUAUUUUGCAAUAGGAAAUUGUGAUUCACAAAAUGGUCUUUAUUUGGAAUAUUCUCUUUUAAUGACAAAUUCUCAUAAUAAAACAAAUCGUUGGAAAUAUCAUUUUUCUUUUGACGAAUUUUAUGCAUUACCAAUUUCUUUAUUAUUUUUAUUUUUAAUUAUUGUUGUUUUACUCUCUUCGAUUAUCUUUUCUUAUGUUUUAAAAAAACGUAAAAUGCUGCAUAUAACAUUUCGUUUAUUUCUCCACUCACUUUUUUGUGAAUUAAUUGCUUCUACUUUACUUUGGAUGCAUUUUGAUCGUUAUGCAGAUGAUGGGGAAGGAAUGCCUUUACUUAAAUUUUGUUCGAUGAUUUUAAGACAAUUUUCUAUUGUGUUAUUUGUGCUUCUUCUUUUCCUAAUAGCUAAAGGAUAUACAAUAACGAGAGCAAAGAUAUCAACAUGUUCAAGCAUAAAAAUUGUUUUCUUUAUUUCUGCUUAUUUUAUUCUUAGACUUUUAAUGUUAGGAUGGGAAAUAAUUAUUUUCGACCCAGCUCAAAUAACGUACAUGUCAGAAAGUGUACCGGCGUAUUGUAUUAUUUAUUUAAAUAUUUGUGGAUGGAUUUGGUUCUCACGAUGCAGCUGGGUUGUUUUAUUAUUAUUAUCAAAUUAUAAAAUAAUUAUUUUAACAUUUCAGGUAACAGUAAAGAAAUACCCACUCAAAAAACGAUUUUACAUUUUUAUGAAUAUUUUUAGCACUUUUUGGUUUUGGUCAGGUCCAAUCGUUUUAAUUAUUGCCAAUUUUAUUUUGGAUAAUUGGGUAAGAGAGGAAGUUGUUCAAGGUGUAGAUUCUGCAAUCAUAACUGCUGGGUUUAUCUUCUUUUUAAUAUUAACAUGCCCCUUCUGCAAAGCAAAACACUUUCCAUACCAUAUACGAACAAAUCAAAUAGCCAAUCAACAAAACAAUUUUCCAAAUAAUGUGUAUGAAAUAGGUGCAAUACAGAACGGCACAACAAACAACAGUGCCUGAAAGAUAUAACUACCAUA